AUGGCAGUCAGACUGUGUGAUGUGGCUUCUCUGCUUAGAAGUGGUUCGUGGGCAGCAGAGCCUUGGACUGGGCAGGUAAUUGCUGCCAUGGAAACACAACUGUCUAAUGGACCAACUUGCAAUAACACAGCCAAUGGUCCAACCACCAUAAACAACAACUGCUCAUCACCAGUUGACUCUGGGAACACAGAGGACAGCAAGACCAACUUAAUAGUCAACUACCUUCCUCAGAACAUGACACAAGAGGAACUAAAGAGUCUUUUUGGGAGCAUUGGUGAGAUAGAGUCCUGUAAACUUGUAAGAGACAAAAUAACAGGGCAGAGCUUGGGAUAUGGCUUUGUGAACUACAUUGACCCCAAGGAUGCGGAGAAAGCUAUCAACACCCUGAAUGGAUUGAGACUUCAAACCAAAACAAUAAAAGUUUCCUAUGCUCGCCCAAGUUCAGCUUCUAUCAGAGAUGCAAAUUUAUAUGUCAGUGGACUUCCAAAAACAAUGACCCAGAAGGAAUUGGAGCAGCUUUUUUCACAAUAUGGACGCAUUAUUACUUCUCGUAUUCUUGUCGACCAGGUCACUGGCAUAUCAAGGGGUGUAGGGUUUAUUCGAUUUGACAAGCGGAUUGAGGCAGAAGAAGCUAUCAAAGGCCUAAAUGGCCAGAAACCUCCUGGUGCCACAGAGCCAAUCACUGUAAAGUUUGCUAAUAAUCCAAGCCAAAAAACCAAUCAGGCCAUCCUUUCCCAGCUGUACCAGUCUCCAAACAGAAGGUAUCCAGGACCACUAGCUCAGCAGGCACAACGUUUUAGGUUGGACAAUCUGCUCAAUAUGGCUUAUGGAGUAAAGAGUAGGUUUUCUCCAAUGACCAUUGAUGGAAUGACCAGUUUGGCUGGAAUUAAUAUCCCUGGGCACCCUGGAACAGGGUGGUGUAUAUUUGUGUACAACCUGGCUCCUGAUGCAGAUGAGAGUAUCCUGUGGCAAAUGUUUGGGCCUUUUGGAGCUGUCACCAAUGUGAAGGUCAUCCGUGACUUUAACACCAAUAAAUGCAAAGGUUUUGGAUUUGUGACUAUGACAAACUAUGAUGAGGCCGCCAUGGCGAUAGCUAGCCUCAAUGGAUACCGUCUGGGAGACAGAGUGCUGCAGGUCUCCUUUAAGACAAACAAAACGCACAAAGCCUAA